AUGGCUCUAGUGGUUGAAGAUAAGAAGAGACCACUUACACCUCCUGCGGAAGAAGAACAGCCACAAAAGAAAGUACUUCGGACUCGUCGAAAGAGAAACAAGACUAAAAAAUACAAGAACAAACGAAUUGAUCCCACCAGUCCAUUUGGUGUAUUGGAAUAUGAAAUAAGAGAGUUGUGUGAGGAGCACCAACUUAGUCUUGAUGAUGUGUCAAACAACAUGAAGGGUGUUCUCAACAAUGCAGCUAUACAGGAAUCAUACCACAGACAAGUUGAACAUGUUGCCAUAUUAUGCUUCACAUCCAAUGGGGAUGGGCUUGCAUUAGUGCCGCAUAUAGACGAAUCCAAAAAGAAGCAAGUUGUCAUUGUUCCAUUUGGCAUACCUGGAGAUAUCGUUACCAUCAAAAUUUUCAAAACACACCCAUUAUUUGCCGAAGCUGAUUUAUUAUCAAUACAAUCACCAUCUAAACUACGUGACGACUCUUUGAUCAAGUGUCGAUAUUUUGGCAAGUGUUCAGGUUGUCAAUUUCAAGACAUCUCUUACAAUGAGCAAUUGAAAAUCAAGAGACAGACCAUUAUCAAUGCAUUCAAACAUUUUGCACCAGUCUUGACUGAGUCAAACAAAUUGCCCCAAGCUCUAGAAACACAAGGGUCUCCAUUACAAUACAACUACAGAACCAAAUUGACACCCCAUUUUGACAUUGCUUCUAAAAAGACCGGUGCUGAUUUGGAACAUCGGCCUAAUUUUGGUUUUGGAGCUAAAGGAAGGCCCACUUGGCGCAAAAGCGAUUUUGGACCAGUAGGGUCGAUCUUGGACAUUGAAGAGUGUGAUAUAGGUACUGAAAUUGUUAACAUGGGGCUACAAAAUGAGCGCAAGCGUUUGGAAACUACUUACAAGACGUAUGACAAGGGAGCAACGAUAUUGUUGCGUGAAGAUACCAAAGUCAAACAUGGUACUUUUGAAUUGGGAGAAGCCUCAAGAGAUGAAAGUGGAACUGUAUCAAGCGUCACUGUAGAAAAUGGAGACAAGACUUUGGUCAAAACCUGUGUUACUGAAUCACGUCAAGUUGUUCAAGAAAUCAUCAAUAAUUUCAAAUUUGAAUUUUCAGCCGGUGAAUUCUUUCAAAACAACAACUCUAUUUUACCCUUGGUCACCAACUAUGUCAAAUCCAACUUGCUACAAUCAAGUCCCAAUUAUCUCGUUGACGCUUAUUGCGGCUCGGGUUUAUUCUCCAUCACUUGUUCAGAAAAUGUUUCCAAAGUGAUUGGAGUUGAAGUCAGUGCCGAUUCAGUCAAGUUUGCUCGUCACAAUGCCCAACUCAACAAAAUUGAAAAUGCUCAAUUUAUAGUUGGUAAAGCUGAGGAGAUCUUCAAGGAUAUUGAUACUCCGGCUCAACAAACUUCGGUCAUUCUUGAUCCACCAAGAAAGGGAUGUGAUGACGUAUUUUUGAACCAGUUGAGCACGUACAAUCCAGCCAAAAUCGUGUACAUCUCGUGCAAUGUGCAUUCGCAAGCUAGAGAUAUUGAAUGGUUUUUGAAUGAUACAGAAAAUGGGUCACAGUAUGAGGUUGAGAGUAUUAAAGGGUUUGAUUUCUUUCCUCAAACUCAUCACGUUGAGUCAGUUGCCGUGUUGAAGUUGAGGAAGUAA